UAAAAAAUAAACGCAGGCAGGCAGCCGGGGCCACGGAGCACUCCCGCCUCUCCUUCCCCAUCCCCCCCACCCCGCCGCUCGCCGGCGGGGACAGCGCGGGACGCGGAGGCCGGGGCGCAGCGGCGGGACGACAAUGCAGCAGGCGGAGAAAGCAGGAGGGGCAGCGCACGGCAACAUGGAGGGAGGCGCGGAGCGGGCCAGCCCCUGAUGCGGCUCUUUCUCCUCCUCCUCCGGGCAGCGGCUCCGGCGGCGAUUCCCUCCCUGGCGGCGGCUGGCGGCGGCGGGUGGAAAUGAGCAGGUCGGCGGCGCUUCUCCUCUGCCUGCUGGGCUGCAACGUGUGGAAGGCGGUGACCAAAACCUUAGGGGCGCCCGAGGCGGCUCAAGAAGUAACGCUGAAGGUCCAUGUAAGUGAUGCCAGCACACAUCAGCCAGUAACUGAAGCCUUCAUUGAGAUUUUUACCAACCAGAUCUCCAUUGCAUCUGGAACCUCAGGAGCAGAUGGCACUGCCUUCCUCAAGUUUCAGUAUAAGUUGGGCAAUCAGCUGAUAGUGACUGCUAGUAAACAUGCAUAUGUGCCAAAUUCUGCACCAUGGAAACCUGUAAGAUUGCCUGUGUUCUCUUCACUGAGUCUCGGCCUUCUUCCUGAACGCUCAGCUACUCUAAUGGUCUAUGACGAUGUAGUCCAGAUAGUCUCAGGAUUUCAAGGUGCACGGACUCAGCCACAAGUUCACUUUCAAAGAAGAUCUGUGAAAUUACCAGAGAACACUAGCUACAGUGAUUUGACAGCAUAUCUGACUGCAGCCAGUUCACCCUGGGAAGUGGACAGUUUUCCUUAUUUGCAGGGAUUAGAUGGAAAUGGAACAGGAAACAGCACUAGGUAUGACCUCACUCCUGUCACUGCAGUCAGUGUUCAUCUCCUCAACAGCGAUGGGACUCCAGUCCCCGUGAAUGGCCCUAUCUAUGUAACAGUGCCUCUGCCAACAAACAGCAACUUGAAGCACAAUGCACACGUUCCAGCAUGGAGGUUUGACCAAAAAUUUGGGACAUGGCUGAAGAGUAGUUUGGGCCUUGUACAACAAGAAGGAAAUCAGUUGACUUGGACUUAUAUUGCACCUCAGCUGGGCUACUGGGUUGCAGCUAUGUCACCUACACUCCCAGGUCCCGUCGUAACACACGACAUUACCAGCUAUCACACAAUGUUUCUUUUGGCAAUUUUAGGAGGGAUGGCUCUCAUACUUCUAGUCUUGCUGUGUCUGCUUUUGUAUUAUUGCAGAAGGAAAUGUUUAAGACCACGUCAGCAUCAUAAGAAACUGCAACUUUCAACAGCACUGGACACUUCUAAGAAGGAUCAAGCAACCUCAAUGUCCCAUAUAAAUUUAAUAUUUUCACGUCGCGAGUCAGAAUUUCCUGGUGGGUUGUCCGUUGCUAGCAAUGGACACACUGAAAACUCAGGUGCAAAGGAAUUAAUCAGUGCUGUCCACAUGGAGAUGGUAUCGCCUAGUGGAGAAGCAGAUAUGCAUACACCUAUGCUCAAACACUCAUUCAGUACUUCCCAGGAGUUUAGCUCCCGAGAGGAACUGCUCUCUGACAAGGAGAAAGACAAGAGCAGAAUUUCCUUGGAUGACCUGACCCCCAGUGGGUCUCUGAGAAAAGACUACCACAAAUCAGCAGAUAGUUUUCCUUUAAAGACAAGAAAAUCUACAGAAACAGCUGAAGGCUAUGAGUCCCCUGUCAAAGAUGAGUAUAGGAGAAGUUACAAUGCUAUGCUGUCUCAGCCUUUAUUUGAAAAGCAAGAGAGAGAAAUUCAAGUAUCUAUGAACCAUAUUGCUACUGGAAGUAAAUACAAUAUUCAGGAACAAAUAUACCCCACACCUUCAGCCCCUGAAAAAGAGCUGCUGGACUGCAGACCUACUGAUUGUAUGAUGUCUCGUUCAGUUGAUCACCUUGAAAGACCUACAUCUUUCCCUCGACCAGGUCAGUUAAUCUGCUGCAAUUCUGUUGACCAAGUCAAUGACAGUGUUUACAGAAAAGUUUUGCCUGCAUUGGUCAUCCCAGGUCAUUACAUGAAAUUGCCAGGAGAACAUCCUUUUGUUAGCCAGCCACUGGUUGUCCCAGCUGACCAGCAGAUUGAUAUAGAAAGACUUCAGGCUGAGCUUCCUAACCCUCAUGCACGGCUUUUUCCACACCCCCCACAACAGCUGCAACCCCAACAGUUAGCAUCCCAAGCAAUAUCUCAGCAACAUUUGCAGGAGGCAGGUGCAGCUGAGUGGAGUCAACAAAAUGCUUCCAUGUCUGAAUCUAUUUCCAUUCCUGCCUCACUUAAUGAUGCAUCCCUGGCUCAAAUGAAUAGCGAAGUGCAGCUUCUUACAGAAAAGGCUUUGAUGGAGUUAGGAGGUGGAAAGCCAUUGCCUCAUCCUCGAGCAUGGUUUGUUUCUCUAGAUGGACGUUCAAAUGCUCACGUUAGACAUUCAUACAUCGACCUCCAAAGAGCUGGUAGGAACGGGAGUAACGAUGCCAGUUUGGACUCCGGUGUUGACAUGAAUGAACCAAAAUCUGCCCGAAAGGGAAGAGGAGAUCAUCUGUCUGCACCACAGGGUCACCCACCAGUGCAAGAGCACCAGCAGAGAGAGCGGAAGGUUUCAGAUAGCACAGCUUACACACAACUUGUGUACUUGGAUGAUAUGGACCAAAGUGGCAGCGAGUGUGGAACAGCAGUUUGUAGCCCUGAGGACAAUGCUCUACGAUGUCUACUAGAAGGCACUAGUAAGAGAAGCGGUGUGCAGCUGCCCAGCCUGCAGGAGGAAACAAGAACUGUGGAUACCAAACCAGAGCCAUUAACUAGUCCUGAACAUGGAACAUCUGUUCAAGAUGAUGAGGAGGAUGAGGAGGAUGAGGAAGAUGACCAAGGUGAAGAUAAGAAGAGUCCUUGGCAGAAACGAGAGGAAAGACCACUAAUGACUUUCAAUCUUAAGUGAGCUAUUGUGAAAAUCCACCAUUCAGUGGAGUAUAAAAUUGCCAAAUAUUCUUUCUGUGGAAGUGCUUGAUUUUUUUUUGUUUGGUUUUUUGUUUUGUUUUGGGGUUUUUUUUGUGGAAAGAAGAGAAAAACAAACUGUGGUGAGCAACAUUUGAAAGAACUUAAAUGCAUUACUGUGUAAAUGUUAGAAAAGAAUUAAAAUCAUUCCUCUGAUUUAACAGCUGCCUCCAGUGAGAUAGCUGCACAAAGAGUGUGAUUGUUAUUCCAUAUACUUGAUAUUGGUCAUCCAGGAUGUUGAAAAUACUGACAAAUUGUUUUGGUUGGUUUAUGACCUCAAUCUCCUUAUGAAUGGGAGCUGGUAAAGCUUUUGUUUUGUAGGCCAAUUUUAUGUUGAUAAUGCUACUGAAAGUAUCUUAAAAACAAGAGUUUGACACAUGGUGUCCAAAAUUGUGCAUUAUCUCAAUGAAAGGCUAUGCAUUGCUGCUUUUAGUAAUAUUUUGCUUAUACUAUGCUUUUCUUAAUUUUACAAGUUGGUUGUAAACAUUUUAUGUCCUUUAUUAUAAACUACUCAGCAAUUUAUUUUAAUGUGAAACUGCAGGAAACUUGAGUAGCAUCCCUUAGCAUUGAAGCCUUUUUAUGAAACCAAACUGAACUUUGUGUCGACUAAGAUUCCUUCAAUUCUGGUCCCAUUUACUCAAAGUGCCUUUUUUACAGUAACAAUGAACAGUCCCUUCUUUUGGUAACUCCUUUUAAUUGACCCCAUUUGGGAUUUUAUAAACUUCUGAACUUCUACCUUUUAUUUUAAGCUGCAUGCCAAGAGUCCCAUUUUGUGCUGAGCAUUUCUCAUUUCAAUACAGUAUAUUCUGUAGCUAUCAUGUAUAUUGUGGAUUCUGUUUAGCCAGGAUAGACUUAGAAGACAUUUUAAAGGGCCCAGAAUAGCCAAGAAUAGACUGUAUAUAUUGUUAGCUUCCUCUGGAAUCAUAUGAGCUAAUCAUGCUCAUAUAAAAUGGACUAUAGACCGAGCAAGUGGACUGAAUGUGUCUAGAAAAAUUUUGGAAUGAAAAAAAAAAAUGUACUAUCCAAAAGUGCCAGAAUGACUCUUCUGUGCUUUCUCCAUACAGAGCUGCUUGGUUAUCCAAAAAUUAUAAUUGAAAAUAAACUGCAAAAAAUAUCUUUGUGGAUUUUUUCCUCUGUUGGUGGUCAUCACAUAUUUUAUGUUAUUUAAUAAGAAAAAUACUUUGGUUUCAGUUUUGGUCUGCAUAUUUAUGCUUGUGUGACUUACUAACACACUUUCUUAUGCAGUUCUCCUGAACUUCAGUCAAUACUGAAAUUUAGACCCCUUUUCAGAAAAGCAUCCUCCCUCUCUUGAUAAACAUGUAACUAUUCGCUUAAGUAUCACUGAAGACUUUGGAAAUGAAAUCCUGGUAUCACCAAAA